UUAUUUUUUUCAUUCAUUUAUGAUCCAUCAUCAUGAUAAGACAUCGACUUAGUUUGGCUCAAAUGAAAUCGGGAGAAAAAACAAAAACCAUCUAUUCUUGGAUCAAAGAAGGAAACUACAAAGAAGCCAUUGCUGCAUUGAAUGAUGAACUUUGUUUAAAUCGAAAUUCUCGUGCAGCAUUAUCAUUACUUGCUUAUUGUUAUUAUACAAUACAAGAUUUUGAUCAAUCACAACAAUGUUAUGAACAAUUGAUUGAAAUCUAUCCCAAUGAACGACAUUAUUAUCUUAACUAUGCAAAAUGUUUAUAUCAAUCGGGUGCACACGAAAAAGCAUUGAAAAUAAUUGUAAAAUAUUCGGAAAAAUUUCAUAUUGACAAUGAUGAUAGAAAAAAAUCCUUCGACAAUGAAUAUGAUCAAUUUGCACAAAAUGAAUUGAUUAAAAUUCAAGCAGCAAUUAAAUAUACGAAUGAUGAUGAUAAUAUUAAUGCAAAAUUAUUAAUCGAUCAAAUACCUGAUGGUAAUGUUGACAAAGAAACAAAUCUUGGCUGUAUGCUGUUCAAAGAAAAACGUUAUGAUGAAGCAAUUGAAAAGUUUCGUAAUGCAUUACAGAUGGAAAAUCUAAAUCUAUCUAAUUCUCGUAGCAAUUUUCAUCGCAUUGGCAGUGGACAAAUGAAUACUAUGGAAAGAAAACCCGAAACGAAUAAAAAUGAUAACGCCAUCAGUGGCGGCAGUAGUAAUACAACCAUUUCUUCAAUGUUGAAUCAGAAACCUGAUUUACUCUAUAAUUUAGCAGUUUGUUAUUAUCAUCUUCGUCAAUAUUCAGAUGCAAUGAAAUAUAUUGGCGAAAUAAUUGAACAAGGAAUUCGUGAACAUCCCGAAUUGUCAGUCGGUAUGAAUACUGAAGGUUUAGAAGUUCGUAGUGUUGGUAAUACUGAAGUAUUGCAUGAAUCUGUAUUGGUUGAAUCAUUCAAUCUAAAAGCAGCUAUAGAAUAUCAAUUAAAAAAUUUCGAAGCAGCUAAAGAAGCAUUGACUGAUAUGCCACCAAGAUCCGAAGAAGAAUUGGAUGCGGUUACAUUACAUAAUAUGGCAUUAAUCUCAAUGGAUCAAAAUCCAGCUGAUGGUUUCGAAAAAUUACAAUUUCUUAUCGGACAGGAAACAUUUCAGCCGGAAACAUUUGCCAAUUUAUUAUUAUUAUAUUGCCGUUAUGAAUAUUUUGAAUUAGCAGCCGAUUUAAUGGCCGAAAAUGCUUCAUUCACAUAUCGUUAUCUAUCACCUUAUUUAUAUGAAUUCCUAGAUGCAUUGAUUACACAGCAAACUUCGCCUGAAGAUGCUUACCAAAAAUUCGAUGAAAUAGCAACACGACAUACAGAUUCAUUACGUAAACUAAGCAAGCAGAUACAAGAGGCAAAAAAUCAGAUUGCUAAAAAUGAUGAUGCAAAUAUUGUGACAAAACAAAAUGAGAUUUUAAAAAAAUUAAAACAUUCAUUUGAUGAAGUGGUAGAACUUUAUGUUCCGGUAUUAAUGGCACAGGCAAAAAUCUACUGGGAUAUUGAAUGUUAUGCACAGGUGGAAAAAGUUUUUCGAAAAUCGGCCGAAUUCUGUAAUGAAUUAGAUCUUUGGAAAUUAAAUGUUGCACAUGUACUAUUUAUGCAGGAAAAUAAAUUUAAAGAAGCUACCGGUUUCUAUGAACAACUUGUCAAAAGAAAUUAUGAUAAUAUUCUUGAUGUAAGCGCAAUUGUUUUAGCAAAUCUUUGUGUAUCAUAUAUAAUGACUGGACAGAAUGAAGAUGCUGAAGAAUUGAUGAGAAAAAUUGAAAAAGAAGAAGAACAAUUAAUUUAUAGUGAUCCUGAUCGAAAAAUAUUUCAUCUUUGUAUUGUUAAUCUUGUUAUUGGUACAUUAUAUUGUUCAAAAGGUAAUUAUGAAUUUGGUAUUUCACGCGUGAUCAAAAGUUUAGAUCCAUAUCCAAAAAAAUUGGGUACCGAUACAUGGUUCUAUGCAAAACGUUGUUUUUUGGCAAUGUUAGAAAAUCUAUCAAAACAAGUUAUUAUUAUUAAAGAUUCUGUACUACAAGAAUGUCUUACAUUUUUAUCAAUGUGUGAACAAUAUGGUCAAAAUGUCAAAGCCAUUGUUGAAGCACCAUUAGAAUUGGAAACAUUACAUCCGGGAAAAAAUACUGUAACAUACGAAGCAAGAUUAUUGAAAGCAUUGUUAUUGGAAAUAAUUGAAAAUUGAAUUUUCUUUUUUCCACCUGAAUUGUAUUCAUUUUUAUUUUUUACUUUUACAAAAAUUGAUUGUGUUAAGGCCACUACCACCAGCCAACAUCAUGUGUGUGAAUUGUAAAAAUAAUGAAUCCAAAAAA